CGCGACGAGAACAGCAGCGUCUACGCCGAGGUCUCCCGGCUGCUGGUCGCCUCCGGUCACUGGAAGAGACUGCGGCGGGACAACCCCAGGUUCAAUCUGAUGCUAGGGGAGCGGAACCGGCUGCCCUUUGGGAGACUGGUGCCUGGCUGGAGACACUGAGCUGGAAUCCUAGUAUUGAAAAUGGGACAGUGGCUCUGCAGGAGCUGGAGCAGGAUGCAUGGCCUGCUGUGGUGCCCAGGACUGGGGGAAGGAACAGUACCACCCAGCGGUCCCCACCCUACACAGGCCCCUAGUCAGCUGAGAACAUCCGGGGUGUGCAGGAAGAAAGGAAACGGCAUCCACGAGAAAAUGGUUGUUUGCCUUCAUGGUCACGAGCCUGGCCUGGUGCAGUUGGUGAACUACUAUCGAGGUGCCGACAAGCUAUGCCGCAAAGCUUCCCUAGUAAAGCUAAUCAAGACAAGCCCAGAACUGGCCGAGUCUUGCACGUGGUUCCCCGAGUCCUAUGUGAUCUACCCCACCAAUGUCAAGACCCCCACUGACCCCACACGGAAUGGAGUCCACCCCCCGAUCAAUAACCCAAGGACGGACGAAAGGGAAGUCUUCCUGGCAUCUUACAACAAAAAGAAAGAGGAUGGAGAGGGCAACAUUUGGAUCGCAAAGUCAUCUGCCGGUGCCAAAGGUGAGGGCAUCCUCAUCUCCUCUGAGGCGGCUGAGCUCCUGGACUUCAUAGACCAGCAAGGCCAGGUGCACGUGAUCCAGAAGUACCUCGAGCGCCCUCUGCUGCUGGAGCCUGGGCACCGCAAGUUCGACAUCCGAAGUUGGGUCUUGGUGGACCACCUGUACAACAUCUACCUCUACCGCGAGGGUGUGCUGCGCACUGCGUCAGAACCCUAUCAUGUUGACAAUUUCCAAGAUAAAACCUGCCAUUUGACCAAUCACUGCAUUCAGAAAGAAUACUCAAAGAACUAUGGGAAGUAUGAGGAAGGGAACGAGAUGUUCUUCGCCGAGUUCAGCCAGUACUUGACCAGUGCUCUGAACACCAGCCUGGAAAGUAGCGUCUUGCUGCAAAUCAAACAGAUCAUAAGGAGCUGCCUCACAAGCGUGGAGCCUGCCAUCAGCACGCGGCACCUCCCAUACCACAGCUUCCAGCUCUUUGGCUUCGACUUCAUGGUGGAUGAGCAGCUGAAGGUCUGGCUCAUUGAGGUCAACGGUGCCCCUGCCUGCGCUCAGAAGCUGUACCCCGAGCUGUGCCAGGGCAUCGUGGACUUAGCCAUUUCCAGUGUCUUCCCACCCCCCGACGCCACGGAGCAGCAGCAGAGCCUGCCCACUGCGUUCAUCAGGCUGUGACGGAGUGACAAGCGUGGGGUCCUGCUCCAGGGGAAGGAGAGGUGUACGACUGCUCAAGGUCAAGCCAAAAUGGGAAGCAGGCAGCUGGCAAAGUGUGAUGGAGGAGAGCAUGAGAGCAAAGGGAUGUCCCCAGUGGCUGCUUGGGGCUCCCAGUGGAGCAUGUGUGGCUGUUGAGAUGUGAAAACGGCAGCAAAUGUCCCCAAGGGGAGAGCAGAGUGCUCCUCUAAGGGGAAAACGUGGGUGUUUGGCAGUGUUAUGUUCUCACCCUUCGAAGACUCAGAUUCCUCCCCUUAGGUGGCCUGGUGAGCGGCCUCUCCUCCUAGGCCCCAGGGAACCUUUGGUUGGCAUCUCCACCUGCUGCAGCCUUCGUGCCUUAGUGCUGUGCCCAGCUGCCUUCCAUCUGUAUGGGGUUGGAUGCUAAAGUGUUGGGAGGUUGCUAAUGUGUACCUGCAUAUCUCCCCCAACACGCUGUCCGUGCCGAUGUGGACAGAUACACAGCGGCAGCCCUAGGUUUCGUGCGGGCACCGUUCCUGACGUCGUCGAGUCAGUCACCUGUCAGGGUUAGCGUGAGCUGGGCGCCCACACAGCACACGCUACUCCCGUCUGCUCUCUGCAUGUUUUAGAGACCCAACAGCACGUUUGCCGCAAGCCGUAUGCAUCAGAUAAGCAUGAGAGAGGAAGCACGAUGUCUUGCUUUACUUAAUAGCUGGGUAUCCUUGAAAUAUGAUGAUUCUCAGUUACCUCUGUUUUAACCAGAAGCUAUAUGCCCUUCUGCAGAGUUCACUGUUGUUCACUUUUUAAAUUUUCACUUGUGUGAAAAGCCCUCUGGGUUUUAGAAGGUAGAAUUCCCCACUCCCCAGGUGGCACUGCCCAGGCACAGGGAGCUCCUACCAUCUCAUUGUCUUUGCACCUUCUGCAGGAGCUGGAGGGGUGGGCUCUGCUCCAAUGAGCAGUCUCUGUCUCUGGGAGAGGCUGUCUCCAGACGGGAAAGACGUGGUUUCAGAGCUCCACACAGCAUCUUGUAGGGCAGCAGAUGGUUCCGUUGGGUGUGGUUUCCACUUACUGGGUCGACGGGUGUGCUGCAGGCUUUCCAGGCCACGUCACUAGCAGUGGGAAGAACAAGGUGCCGCUUGUGCUUGCUGAGCUGAGAACAGCCUAUAUGACAGUGCUGGGCAUCACAGCAGAUCCAUGGACAGGUGUCUCCCCUGGAAAACAGUGUGGGCUCCUUCUUGUGUGUGUGCUCCAUUAUCCACUCUACUUGCACAAAAGGGCAGUUCUGCUUGGGGGGAGAUGUUUUUAAAAAGGAAGAAACCAGUGGCAGCUACUCAAACAUGAUGAGAUGUGGGAGUUUACAGUGAAAAAGGGAAUUAUGAUAAAAAUAGGAUCAUUGCAGCAAUGGCUGUAGGAUGUGAGGGCGUGACAUCAGGGUGACAUGAAGAAAGGCCCAGCUGGGUUGGCUCACAUGGGGAUCUAGGAUUACAAACUAAAGUCUGGGUGGUGACCCAGGGUAUAGACCUGAAGUCCGUAUGCAGAGCAGAUGGAACAGUCGGUGGCGAAGGUCACUCCUGAGGCCCAGUGCAGCUGCUGGGCUGGUAUCUGGGGACUUAGUAGAGCAGGGCAAGGUGCACCCCCAUGUAGAGUGGGAUCCUGGGUCCUACAUCUGUGUGGGCAGGCAGAAGGGAGACAUGGAGGUUUUCGCAGCACUAUUGCACGUGAAUGCAGACACCUAACCAUCUUUUGACCUGAAUUACGGGAACAUUUGUGAGUUUUCCAGCUGAUAUGGCGGCAGAGCUGAGCAUUCAGAUGUCAGGAAGCUUGAACCCAGAUGGAUCCCCUCAGGCACCUGAGCGUGCAAUUGAGGGAAGUGAGGCCCUAAAAGGAAAGUGGCACACCGUUCCCCACGUGGUUUCACGUAGCACCUAUUUUAUGAGUCUGUUUCUGAUCGGGGAGUGGGUGGCUCAGAACUGUUCCUUCUGGGCAGUCCUUGCACAGACCGCCCAGUCAGUUGUCACGCGUGUCUGAGUUCGUGUCGCCCGUUGCUGGGGACGGGGGGCGGGCAUCAUUCUCUGGAGGUGUUUGCUCCAGUCUUGGUUCUCAGUGUCAGAUAAGCUGUACCUCUCUGUGCCUUAGUUUCUUGUCCCAUGGAAAGGACUGUUCCUGACCUGGGACUACCUCACAGGCUUCAGUGAGGACAGCGAGAUGGAGAAGACUCAAGAACCCUUGUUACCAAGGGUCCCGGUGCUGACCAUGCGCUGACAUCACUUGGGAAGCGUCUCAGUGUUGGUGUCCACACCAUCCCUCCCCUGGCCUGACCAUUAAAUCAGAACCUCAGGCAUCAGUGUGCUUUGAGGUACCUUGAACCGCUGCUUGACAAGGAAGGACAAACACAUUAUUAUUACCUUGGAAGAAUCAAAUAAGGCCUAGGGCUUUUGAAAAAACUCCUUUUGGAAGGGCAGGCAUUUCUCUGAGAAUGACCAGAUGUUGGCAUGUGUACUCGUGCUACAAGCAAGUGCCGUCUAAGCAGGUUUUCUCUUUGCUUCCUGUCAAACAUGCCUUCUUCUGCUUAUACAAUUCGUGAAGCCUUGGCAACAAAUGUAAACAGAUAGGAAUUUAUGGAUCUGCUAAGUAUGCGUUAAGGUUAUUAACUCAUUAUUGAGAGGAGAGCCCUUCCUCACACGUAACUCCUGCGGUGACGAUGAACUCCAUCCUGCGCAGGACAUCCAAGUGCCUCAGUGUCUGACUGAUGUGGUGGGGCAUGUGCUGGCAUCCUGAGCAGCUGGCACCACGUUCCCUCACGCCGUGGGCAACUGUCACAGACUAGGACUCUGUGGUGGUGCCAGGAGGGCCAAGGACCCACAGAACCUGCAGUGCAGUGAAGCGACGAAGUGUGUUUCUUUGACAGUUGAGGUUGUGCCAAGUGGGUAGAUCCAUCCCUACUGUGGGUGGUGGGGACUCCAACAGGAAGACAGGGCACCAGGGCAGUCCCCACAGCAUGUUGUGCUGUGAAGGAAGUCCAGUGAUACGCUUGCCCUGAUCCUGGACACAGACUCUGUACCUAAGAGGAAAUGACUUUGGAAAUAAGGUGAUUGUAUGAAUGUUUAAAUGCUUAGAGCAUUAAAGUAGUAAUAUUUUAAGUG